AUGGGAAUCGUAGAGAGUAAGUUUUCUCGUAAUUUAUGCUCCAUUUUGACCCUGGGUGGCUCUGGUUCAGUCAUACCGGCUCCAAAGGCGUUAUUUUCGCAGCCUUUGCAAGAUUCUUCAACGCCGUCCGAAUUAUCUCACGAUGUAGCUUCCGAUACCAAAUGGGCGGAUAUCGACGCUGAUGACGAUUACGAUAAUGAGAAUUUGAAUACCAAGUUUGUCAUUGAGACGUCCGUCGACGCUCACGGCAUCAAAACCUUCACAUCGUACUCAACCAAUAGCCGUGGACAGUCCGUAAAGAUAACCAAAAAGGUUAAUGAGAUCCGUACAAAGAAACAAAUUAGCAAGGCUGCUCUUGAACGCAAAAACUUCGAGCCGUUUAACUUGAAUGAGGAAAACGAUUCGGGUAUUGUCAUGAUUUCCAAUGAGGAUAUUUCCAUUGAGAUUCCAAAGAGUGAAAGGAGGAGAUACAACCAAGAUGAUGAUAUCGACUACAUUUACUCUCCUCCAGAUGCAAGCAUUUUGAGGGCAACCAGAGAACUCAAACUCAAGUUCAAGAGUUUAAGAGAAGAUGACAACUUGAUUGAUACUGUUGACGAGAAAGAGGCACCUGCCAAAUAUAUCCCGCCAUCUCGUAAAGAUGGUGAUCGCAGAAACUUUGAUGAGAAUACUAUUCGUAUUACCAACUUGAGUGAGGAUGUAAAGGAGAAGGAUUUAACAGAUUUGUUUGGAACUGUUGGUCGCAUCCACAGAGCCUAUCUCGCGAAACACAAGGAGACACAAAAUUCCAAGGGUUUUGCCUUUAUUACCUACGCCAGCAAGCAGGACGCUGUCAAUGCUAUUGCCAAGUUUAAUCGUUGGGGUUACAAUAAUUUGUUGCUAAAUGUUGAAUGGGCACGACCUCCUACUAGGGAUCGUUAAGGGUUUAAAACUUGGAGUAUGCAGCCUAGAGAUCUCGUUUGGCUCGUAGCUUCUCUGAAAUGUGUGCGGGUAGAAUAUCCGUUAGCACUGUAAAUUUUUUUCUAU